AUGAGCGCCGUCGAAGGAACUGAAACUGUUAAAAAUGAGACUACCACUACCGUAGUCACUACUGCUGAAGUGGUAGAGGAAGUUAAAGGAGAGGUACAGUCUGAGGAAAAGGCUGUUGAGAAAAAAGAAGAUAAUAUAGAAGUGGAAGUCGCUACUAAACAGGGGGUAAAAGAGGAAACAAUAGAGAAGACGAAAGAAGAAACAGAGAAAGAGCCGCUUGUAAGCGGUGUCCUCUACAAACAAAGUCAUGGACUUGUCAAGCUCUGGAAUAAACGAUAUUUUGUCUUUGGAGAUGAGAAAUUGGACAAGGAACUGCUCCACAAUUUCUAUUCAAAGAACAAAAAAUUAAUUCACCCCAAAGUAACUCCCGCAGCCGAACAAAAAUCUAAUGAAAAAUCAGCGGAAGCCAAACACGAGACUGAAACCAAACCUGAAGCUGAAGCCAAACCCGAAACUGAAGCCAAACCCGAGACUGAAGCUAAACCCGAGACUGAAGCCAAACCUGAGACUGAAGCCAAGCCCGAGACUGAAGCCAAACCUGAGACUGAAGCCAAGCCCGAGACUGAAGCCAAACCUGAGACUGAAGUCAAGACUGAAGCCAAACCUGAGACUGAAGCCAAGCCCGAGACUGAAGUCAAGCCCGAGACUGAAGCCAAACCCGAAACUUCAACUGCUACGGAAGAAAAGAAAACCGAUGAUGACAGUAAAUUAUUACGCGAGGCUUUGAUUAAAAUCAUUGCUCAUGCUACUCAAACCGGAAAAGGUCUUUUGCUCUAUUACAAAUCAGAAAAAGACCCCCAACGUGAACCUCCUCAAGGCAUCAUUAACCUUCGUGAUGUCGACUCUGAAUCGAUUGAAGCUACUGAGGCUGUCAAGACCUGGGCGUUUAAAUUGAAGACCCCAUACAGAAUUUAUAUCUUCCAUGCUACCACGGAGGAAGAUCGAAAGAAAUGGAUUCAAGUGCUCAAAUCAAAGGUUGAAGAAGCUAAAACGAUGUCUGCCGAUUUUGAGCAGACUGACUCUUAUAAAGAGGUUUACGCAGAACUUGUUAAGGGCACUUUUGUAGUCGACACAUUUUCGACCGAUGAGGAACCUCCUGCAUCGCCUAAACCGGCAGCCGUCGAGAGCAAACGCAAGUCACUCUUCCCAUUCACUAAUUUCUUAGCAAAAAAGACCACGGAAACCGCGGAAACCACAGAAACCACUACUGAGACCAGCGAAUCAGGUACUACUGACAAGGUCGAAACAACCGUCACCGAAACCGUCGUCGCCACCGAGACUCAAGCUGUUGAGGAAUCCAAGACUAGAGAAGUCGGGACGGAGGGUGCCGGCAAGAAGAAUAUCAUGUCCCAAUUUAUAUCUUCCGUGACUACCUCCAUCUCUGGGAAACCUAAGAAAGAUGCCAAAGAAGAGAGCAAAGAAGAAUCUACCGAGGUUAAGAAAGAAACUACUGAGGCCGUUGCCGUAGAGGCCACUACGUCUACUGCAACUACUGAAGAGCAUAGGAAGAAAUCUGGUUUCUUCAGUUUCUUCAGCAAGGAAGAGACUAAGGAAGAGACUAAGGAGGAGACUAAGGAGGAGACUAGGGAGACUAAGGAGACUGAGACUAAGGAGGAAUCUACGGAGGACCGCAAGCUCACGAGUAUGUGGAGGCGGGGACCGAGCAAGAAAUCUGCCGAGACAGAUACCGAAAAGAAAGUAGAAGAAGUCACUGAGGAAGUCAAGACUGAAACUGUAGAAACGACCACCACUGUUGUCGAAGCAUCGACAUCACAGGCUGUCGAAAAGGCUGUCGAAAAGGCUGUCGAAAAGGCUGUCGAAAAGACUGAAACUGUAGAAACGACCGAAGAAUCUGCAACAACGGGGGAGACAUCCGAUAAAAAGCCAGAAAAACCCGUUAAAUCAUUUGUGAAAAGAUUAGGCAAUAUUAUACCUAAACGAACCAACUCACAGUCAGAUACGGCAACACAAGCGACAGAAAAGGCUGAGGUUGUCGAAACCACUGUCGAGACAACUGUUGUUACUGAAACCACCGAAACGAAGGUUGAAGAAGAAUACGAUCCAGCGAUUAAAGAACAAGUUGAUAACGCUCUCAUAACGGGCGCAUUCGACAAAUCAUCGCAAAUUUUAAAGAAAACAGAGUCCAGGUUCUUCGUUUUUACUAAAGAAGGCAAGAUUUGGUAUUAUAAAUCUAAAAAGGAUGCCACAAAUGCCAAGACAAUCGAAAUUACAGCAAGUAGCGAAAUAAAGAAAAGCGAAAGCGACAGGUCCCAUCAUAUAGAUAUCGUAACCAGUAGCCGAACAUAUAAACUCAUGUUCCGAAGUGCAGACGAGCUUAACGUUUGGCACACGACUCUCACAGAAUAUCAACAAAAACUUCCUAAACCCGAAACUGAAGCCAAGCCUGAAAUCAAGAAAAACAAGAAAACCGACCACAAGAAGGAUACUUCGAGGUCCGUUGAAAAGACAGAACCAAAGACAGAACCUAAGCUCGAAGUAACUGGGACUGGGCCGAGUUUUGCGGAUGCUAUUAAUAGUGAGGUGACCGAACUCAAAGAAGAAGCGAAGACUGAAGAAGUAAAGACCGAAGCAACACCUGAAGUGAAGACUGAGGUGGCUGAGGUUGUGGAGGUGAAGACUGAAGUUGUGGAGACAAAGGCUGAAGUUGUGGUGCCUGAAACUGAUGCGAAUACUGGCGUAACAACUGAUGUAAAGAAAACAACAACAUCAAGCUCAAUGGACGAUAUAAGUUCGCAAGAACAGACAGUGGCCGUAUUGAAGAAGACAAUUGAAAGUCGUAAUUUACCACAUCUUUUGUUUUAUGGUCCAGCUGGUACCGGUAAAACUUCAGCAAUAUUGGCCCUGUCGAGAGAACUAUAUGGUCCACAGCUAAUAAAAUCUCGUGUUCUCGAGUUAAAUGCAUCUGAUGAACGUGGCAUCCAAGUAAUAAGAGAGAAAGUAAAGAAUUUUGCUAAAGUUACAGUCAGUAACCCUGUCAGUGGAUAUCCAUGUCCGCCUUAUAAAAUAAUCAUAUUAGAUGAAGCGGAUUCCAUGACUCAAGAUGCACAGGCGGCUUUACGACGCACAAUGGAAACAUAUUCGAAAAUUACGCGAUUUUGCUUAAUAUGCAAUUAUAUCAGUCGCAUCAUUGAACCAUUAGCAUCCAGAUGUGCAAAGUUUCGCUUCAAACCACUGGAUGUGAAUAGUGCUAAACAGCGAAUCGAGACAAUUUGUCAGCGGGAAGGGAUUAACUGUUCACCCGAGGCUAUCGACGAAAUAAUUAAUGACUCGGAGGGAGACUUGCGAAAGGCUAUCAUGUACUUGCAAAGUGCUUAUAGGCUUCAUAAGAAUGACUUGAUUACUAAAGAAUCUGUGCGGGAAAUAGCGGGCGUUGUUCCGUCUGAUGUCAUUGAUCAGCUCGUCGCAAGUAUUUUUGCUGAUACUCACGAGAAUAUCGAGAAGAUGGUAGAAGAUAUUGUUAACUGCGGGUUCUCUGCGACGCAGAUCCUAUCACAGUUAAAUGAUAACAUAGUUAAGAAUGACCAAAUUGGUCAGAAGGAGAAGUCAAUUAUCGCACAUUAUCUGGGAGAGACCGAUAAGUGUCUUGUCGAUGGUGCUGACGAACAUUUACAAAUUCUUCGUUUGGCAUUACAGAUUGCAGAAAUUAUCCGAGAGAGCCGGAACAUGGACAUACAAUAA